UUGUGUGACCCAGUGUUCUGUAUCUUCACAUGGCAAUAUGUGUACUCCUUGGUGUUGGCCAAGAAAAGGUGUUGAACCUAGAAUCCAAUAUUUUAUCCCUUUAUGUGAUCUAUCUCUAUCCAAUUGGCCCCCAAGUCUCGCAGUUUUUCUUACUUUCCCUUUUUUGCCUUCCGAAUCUCUACUAGCUCCAGCUUUGCUGUUUGUAUCAAGCUAACUUCACUUGCUAUUCCAUAGAUUUUAGCAGCAAAUUCGUACAAUUCAUGCUUUCAGGUUGUUAUCAAUAUCAUAACUCAGAUUUUACUUUAUUUUUUCUUUUCAAGAAAGUAUUUUUUUUUUGGUUUUUGUUCCUGAACUUAGUCAUUUCUGGGUUCUUCAGAAAUCGAUCCAUUUUGGAGGAAAAGAACCGACUUUGAUUUCUGGGUUGGCCCAAAUUCGGUUUUUUGGAGGUUGGUUUUGGUUUUUCUUCAUCAAGAAAGCAGUUUUUCCUCAACUGUGUCCGUUUGCCGAAAUCUGGAUAUCUGGAGCUUGGUUUUCGUUUUGGUUUUUCUUCAUCAAGAAAGCAGUUUUUUGAACUGGGCAGGCUUUGAAUUCUUGAGAGCUUGUUAAAUUUCCAAAGAGAGAACAGCUUUUGGUGUCUGAGCUGGUGAAAAUCUGGAGCUCUAUCUACAAGUGGGUUUAGGUGUCUGGGUUUGUGAGCUCUUGAGUCUGUGCAACUUGGUUUAGGUUUUGGAGGUCUGGGUUUUGGGGAUUUUUGGUUAACUUCAUGGAAUAAUUGGUUGUUGUGGUUGGAGUUAGUACUAUUGGAAGUUAGAGAGAGAAAAUGAAGAGAGGGAAAGAUGAGGAGAAGAGUGUGGGACCUAUGUUCCCAAGGCUUCAUGUGAAUGAUGCAGAUAAAGGAGGGCCAAGGGCACCUCCAAGGAACAAGAUGGCCCUCUAUGAACAGCUUAGUGUACCUUCUCAGAGUUUCAAUUCUGGUGUGUUGCCUCUUAAACCCAAUAACAAGACCAAUUUGGUCCCUCUGGCAUCAUCAAGCCAGGGGAGUGGCCAUGAAAGGGCUAUGUUUUUUCCUCCUCACCUACCUUUUUCAACACAUCCAGUUGAGAGGACACAUGCUCUCUAUUCUGACUGCAACACUCCUAUGGUCCAACUUGAACAGAAAAAGAAGCUAGAUCAAGAGGAUUUUACAGUUCCCAUCUUUGUUCACUCAGGGAUGGGUCGACAUCAUGGUGGAAGUAACAACAGCAUGAAUAUGGAAGGAAUCUCUCCCUUAGAUUCAGCUUGUCCAGGUCAUUUAACGAAAUUCCCAAAUGCUGGUGAUAAAGAGCCCAAAAGUACUAGUAUUGCUGGGCCAAAUUUGAGACAGGAAAGCAUAAGUCAGGGUAAAGAGAACUCAAAAGAAAUUAUGGCAAGUGGGGAACAAUCAAUUAAAUCUGCCUCAAUUCUAUCCGUCAGAAAGAAAACUGAUGGUCCAUCAAAGCAAACCAAUCCGUUCUCAAAUCGGGAGUGUAAAGAUCGCAGUGAAAGUAUCUGUACCACAUUGAAGAAUGCUGAUGCUAGUUUUGGGGAGUUCAGAGCUGGGUCACAGUAUGUCACAGCACGUGCUGAUUGUGCUUCAGAUGAGCCUUUGAGGGGCAUAGAGAACAGAGAAUUUUCCAUCUCAAGGAGAGAUUUCUGUCCAGUAGGGCAGAGAAGUCCUGAUUAUCCUUCUAAUGAUAGUGAAAAUCGUGAAGACAUGGCAUGUGGCUCAUUACAGACAGGAAAUGUGGACAGAGGUGAUGAUGUUUCUGAGAAUUCCAUGGUGGAUUGUAUAUCAAACUUGGAUAUAUCUCCUGAUGAUGUUGUAGGAGUAAUAGGUCAGAAACAGUUUUGGAAAGCAAGAAGAGCAAUUGUCAAUCAACAAAGGAUGUUUGCAGUUCAAGUAUUCGAAUUACAUAGAUUAAUAAAGGUCCAAAGAAUAAUUGCUGGAUCACCACAUCUUUUGAUUGAAGAUAAUGCUUAUUUGGGCAACACUUUAAAGAGCUUUCCUUCAAAGAAACUACCAUUGGAUUAUAUUGUGAAACCACUUCCACAUGUUGUCAAAGAUGAUUCCAAGAAGCAAAAUCAUAAGAUGGAAUGUUCUGCUGAAAAUGCGAUUGAGAGGGCAUCUCUAUCUUCUGUUCAAAAUGGCACUCAGCCUUCAGUUUACAAACCAUUGCCGGGAAACCCACCUCCAAAACCUGCAACUACCGACCCUAAAAUGGGUCCUUGGUCUUUCCACCAACCGUCAGGCAAUCAAUGGUUGAUUCCUGUGAUGUCUCCUUCUGAAGGUCUAAUAUACAAGCCGUAUCCUGGACCUGCAUUCAUGGGCCCUGUUUGUGGAGGAUGUGGACCUCCCGGAUCAGCUCCUGUCACGGGUGAUUUCUUUAAUCAAGCGUAUGGGGUUCCAGCUUCACAUCAUCAGUAUCAAGGAAUGGGAUUUUCUUCUGUUGGUCAUGGCUAUUUCCCUCCAUACGGUAUGCCUGUCAAGAACCCAACCAUCUCAGACUCGGCUGUUGAACAAAUGAACCACUUUACAAGACCACUUUCACUUGGUCAUUGUGGUCAGUCGUCGGGAGGAGGAGCGAACUAUAACAUGCAACAUGAAAGCUCAUGUAACGUGCCAAGCCCAAGGAAUGGAGCUUUCUCAAAUGUUAUGAAGUUGCAUGCAUCUAAAGAGUGGGAUUUACGAGGCAGCACAGCGAGUAGUCCUAUUGAGAGACCAGAAGGAAUUGGGGCAGCAGGUCAAACAACAGUAGGAAGAAAUGUGCUUCCUCUUUUUCCUACGUCUCCAGAUGUUCACCUACCCGAAGAAGCAUCUCAGCGCCACGACACUGACCAGUCAACACGAGUUAUCAGAGUUGUGCCUCACAAUGCUAGAUCUGCAACUGAUUCGGUUGCUCGAAUUUUCCAGCGUAUACAAGAAGAGAAAAGAGCAUGACUGGUUAGUCAUGUUUUGAGAGACAAAUCACUAGCUAGUAGAUGUGCUCAUCCAAAUCAGUAUGUUUGGUUGUUUUUUUGUACUUUUGUUUCUUGAUAUAGUGUUCUGUAACUGGUUUUAUCUGAUAUCGGUUUUUCAUAUGUAAUAUAUAUACACAUAUGUAUUUAUAUAUGUAUGUUUGUAUAUUUUAGAUCAAUGUUAUACUAUUGUCUUCUUCAA